CCUUUAUCCAAUACUAUCUGGGCCUCCUCUUUUUCGAAGGAUUCAGAUAUAAUGUUUAGCCUUUGUUCAAUGUCCAAGGAGGACUUUAUUUCCGCGAUUGAACGAUGACAUUCUUUUGGAAAUCUUUCUCCACUUGUAUGCCGAAACACCCCCAAAAUUCAUAUCCCAGAUAUCCGUACAUCGCUCUGCAAUUGUCACUCGUUUGCUCACACUGGCAUGCGCUGUCGCUGUGCUCCUGUCGCCUUUGGACUAAUAUUGCACUCCUUCACUCAACCAAAGUGCCAAGGGACGGCGAACCUGGACCUUCCGACCGUGCUCAUCAUGAGAUGAUUCAUGAAGAGACCAUGAACAUCUAUGUACAUCGUUCGCGGUGGCAGUUAAUCAGCAUUUUCGUAUGCAAGAGCACAAAGCCUCCCCCAUCGAAAGGUCCUCCUCCUCCUCCUCCUCCUCCCGAUUGAUUCUUCCCAGUCAGUGAUAGGCAGAUUCAUCUGCUUUGCCAGGCUGUCGGAUGGAAGGAUAUCAGUGUUUUAAGCUCGAUUGUUUGGGGGGGAGCUAGACCGAAGUUUGUACCGUGUGUUGGAUAUAGGAGCCGAGUGUUUGAAGACGGUGGAUACCAUAGUCCUCCCAGGAUAUACAAUGCUCUACCAGUCACCCACCUUUGCCCUUUGCAUUCACUUCCAAUUUCCGCAACAUCCAUCUUCACGGUGGUCGCUGUUGUCACAGCCUUGCAAACUUAUCGCUCACCAAUUUCCCUUUCAACAGAAUCUGCUAAUUAGCCAUCUCUGGUCGCCUCAGUCACGGACAGAUUAUGAAUGGUAGUAUUCUCACGAUACGACGCGCCCUUCUGCGUUUCCCGUACAUUUGCGACCUUAUACUCUAAAUUGCAUCUGCCGAUCCCCGCGACU